UCCGAACGGAACGGAAAUCCGCGCCGCUGGAGCAGGCGGAGGCCGGGGGAGGAGUUUCGCGGUGACUCAGACAGCCCCAGCCGCCCUUGGCCGCGCAGCCGGACGGCGGCAGCUCCCAGGCCCGGGCCUAGAGACACCGAGAGAGCGAGAGGAAGAGCGGCUUCUUCCCCAGGCGGGGGACAUGUUGUGGGGAAGGGAAUGAGCCACAGAGCCCUGAGCGCUCGGGUGAACAAGCGGCAGCGCUGGAAUGACUGGGACUCAAGGAUUGACAGUGCAACAGCUGACCAAGACAGUUUAAAGUAUCCUUUGGCCAGGGAUCGGGGCAAUUCUGCCUCCUACGGAUUGCAUUCUACCAGUUCUGCCAGUGUGUCUCGGUAUAGACACGAUGAUAUUCGGAUCCUUGCUGGAUUUCAGAAUGAAGAAGGGGGCAGAUACGAUGUCAAUGGAGGACUUGGUGAAAAUGCUUAUGGUCGGAAGUCGCUGGGGCAAGAGCUGAGGGUUAACAAUGUGACCACGGAUGUAAGCAGCAUUCAGCAUGGGAGUCGUGCUUUAGCCACAAAGGAGAUGAGGAAAUCACAGGAACGAUCUUUAUCUUAUUCUGAUGAGUCUCGACUGUCCAAUCUUCUGCGGAGGAUUUCCCGUGAAGAUGACAGGGAGCGUCGGCUGGCUACAAUAAAGCAAUUGAAAGAGUUUAUUCAGCAGCCAGAAAACAAAGUGGUUCUAAUUAAGCAACUAGAUAAUGCCCUGACUGCAAUACAAGAUGUGCUUAACGAGAGUAGUAAACUACUUCAUGAACUACGACAAGAAGGAGCUUGCUGCCUUGGCUUGUUGUGUGUAUCUCUGAGUUACGAGGCUGAGAAAAUCUUUAAAUGGAUUUUUAGUAAGUUUAACUCUUCCACCAAAGAUGAGGUAAAACUUCUGUACUUGUGUGCCACCUACAAAGCAUUGGAAACUGCAGGAGAAAAGAAGGCAUUUUCAUCUGUAAUGCAGUUGGUGAUGGUUAGCCUGCAGACUGUUUUGGAAAAUGUGGACACUCCAGAGCUACUGUGCCAAUGUGUGAAGUGCAUUUUAUUGGUGGCUCGUUGUUAUCCCCAUAUAUUUAGUACCAACUUUAGGGACACUGUAGAUAUACUUGUUGGAUGGCAUAUUGAUCACACUCAGAAACAAUCGCUUACGCAACAAGUGUCAGGUUGGCUGCAGUGUUUGGAACAGUUCUGGGUUGCAGAUCUCGGAUUUUCCACAACCCUUCUGGGGCAGUUUUUGGAAGACAUGGAGGCUUAUGCUGAGGAUCUUAGUCAUGUGGCCUCUGGGGAGGCAGUUGAUGAGGACAUUCCACCUCCUUCAGUCUCGUUACCGAAGUUAGCAGCACUGCUGAGGGUUUUCAGCACUGUCGUGAGAAGCAUUGGAGAACGUUUCAGUCCAAUCAGAGGCCCUCCAAUCACUGAGGCUUACGUGACAGAUGUCCUUCUGAGAGUUGUGAACUGCGUAACCACGGCAAAACAAGUUUUCUUUUCUGAGGCAGUAUUGACCGCUGCAAAUGAAUGUGUGUGUGUUCUGUUGGGUAGCAUGGAUUCUGAUAUAGCCAAACAUUGUGAGAUUACCAUUACUUAUGGAUUGGAUCAGCUGGACAGUUGUCAGAUGUUUGGUGCUGAGUACAUCAUCUCUGUCUUAAACCUGUUGACACUGAUUGUGGAACAAAUAAAUACAAAAUUGCCAGCAUCGUUUGUUGAAAGACUCUUUUCACCACACUCUAAGUUACUUCAGCUUCGUUUUCACAGGGAGAAAGAGGUUGUUUCAGCAGCACAAUAUGUAUAUCAGGCUGUGCUAAGCCUGAAGAAUAUUCCUGUGUUAGAGACUGCUUACAAACUUAUCUUGGGGGAAAUGACAUGUGCACUUAACAGUCUCCUUCAAGGCCUGACUCUUCCUCUGGUCUGUUCAGAGAUACAGCAUGAAGCUUUCAGGGACAGAACAUUCAAAGAGGAAAAUGCAGAGUUUGUAAUAAUAUUUGACUUAAGUGCCCUUACUACAAUUGGAAAUGCAAAAAAUUCCUUGAUUGGUAUGUGGGCUCUUUCUCCCACUGUGUUUGCCCUUCUCAGUGAUAACCUUACAAUUGUACAUGCCAAUCUUGCAGUCCAUUAUCCUGCCAUUCAGUAUGGAGUCUUGUACACUUUAUAUUCGCAUUGUACAAGGCAUGAUCAUUUCAUAUCCAGCAGUCUUAGCUCAUCAUCGCCUUCUCUGUUUGAUGGUGCUGUUAUCAGUACUGUCACCAUGGCAACAAAGAAACACUUUUCCAUCAUACUGAAUCUUUUAGGAAUGUUGCUCAGUAAGGAUAUCUUAAACCACGAUGUAAGGAAGUUAUUACUAACCUGGGCAUUGGAAGUUAGCAUUUUAAUGAAGAAGUCGGAAACUUACGCUCCCCUGUUUGCUAUUCCAUCUUUUCACAAAUUCUGCAAAGGGCUGCUAUCAAAUGCUGUUCAUGAAGAUGCUUCAAUCUGCUUGCAAGCAUGCAGCAGCCUACAAAUUGUUUCUACUUCCUUGCCAAAUGACCUCUUGCAAAGAUGUGUCGAUGUGUGUCGUGUGCAACUGGUCCACUGUGGAGUUCGUGUUAGGCAAGCUUUUGGGAAACUUCUGAAGACUAUUCCUCUGGAUGUUGCUUUAAGUAACAGCAAUCACACAGAAGUACAAGGGAUCUCACUGGCUAUAAGUGGUCAUAUGAGUAAAGCUCCAAGUAACACAUUUCAUCCUCAAGACUUCUCUGAUCUGAUCAGUUUCAUUUUGUACGGAAGCUGUCACAGAAUUGGCAAAGAUCAUUGGCUGGAGAGGCUGUUUCACAGCUGCCAGAGAUUAGACAAAUAUGAUCAGUCAUCUAUUCCACGAAACCUAUUAAAGACAGAAGCUGUGUUAUGGCAAUGGGCUGUGUGGGAAGCAGCACAAUUUACAGUGCUUUCAAAACUACGAACACCGCUGGGCAGAGCACAAGAUACAUUCCAAACAAUUGAAGGUAUUAUUAGGAGUUUGGCUGCACAUACUUUGAAUCCUGACCAUGAUAUAAGCCAGUGGACCACGGCUGACAAUGAUGAUGGGCAUACAAGCAACCAGCUGAGACUUAUUCUUCUACUUCAGUUUUUGGAAAACCUUGAGAAGUUGAUGUACAAUGCAUAUGAAGGAUGUGCUAAUGCACUUACAGCACCACCAAAGGUCAUUAGGACAUUUUUUUACACAAAUCGCCAGACAUGUCACGACUGGUUAACACGGAUCCGAGUGGCUAUAAUGCGGGUUGGCUUGUUGGCUGGGCAGCCAGCUGUGACAGUCAGGCAUGGAUUUGAUUUGCUGACAGAGAUGAAGAACAGCAGUGUAUCUCAGGGAAAUGAAAUGGAAGUGACAGUUAUGAUGAUUGUUGAAGCACUCUGUGAACUGAAUUGUCCUGAAGCUAUACAAGGAAUGGCUGUCUGGUCUUCUGCUGUCCUUGCAAAGAGCCUUUCAUGGAUAAAUUCUGUGGCACAGCAAGCUGAAGGAAGGUUUGAAAAGGCAUCAAAUGAAUACCAGGAGCAGCUGUGUGCCAUGACUGGAGUAGACUGCUGCAUUAAAGGCCUUGACAAAUCCCUUCUCAAAGUGUCUAUUGCCAGCACUGGUAGUAACCUUGCCAGCCCUAAACAUACGGGGAAUACUGAAAGCAAGAAAACUGUUCUUACUAAACAAAGUGAUACUUCCCCUGAAAUUGUGAAUUAUUUGGCGAAUAAAGCUUGUGAAUGCUACAUUUCAUUAUCUGACUGGCCAGCUGUGGAAGAAUGGCAGAAUGGUAUCCUAGCGUUGAAGAAAAGUACAAAUGGAUCAUCCAUCCACCUGAAGGCUGAUUUUAACUACAUCAGAGCCCUUGGAAGUUUUGAGUGUGGAGAUUUCCCUGCAUGUCAGGAACAGUUGGAACUGUUACCUGGGGAGGACAUUAACUUCAUCAAUGGAGCUGCUAAAGAAAAAUUAGACAUGAAAAAGCUACUUCCAAAUGUGAUGAGUCCUGACCCAAGGGAACUUCAGAAAGCCAUUGAGGUUCAACUAAUGAGGAGUGCAGUUUGUUUUUCUUCAACUAUUGAACAAACAGAACAAGAAAAGAAACUCCAGAACAGCACAGAAAAUACAGUCAGGUAUCUGAAGCAGAUGGCGCGGGUUGCUGUCGGACCAUUGAGACUAUCCACAUUAUCGAUGGCGGGAUCUCUGCCAAUGCUGAGCACUCUACAGCUGUAUUGUUCAACUGCACUUGAGAACACCGUGACAAACAAGUUAUCCACAGAGGAUUGUCUUCUGCCACUGUACAGUGAAGCUUUGCAGUCCUGUAGACAGCAUGAUGUCCGCCCCUGGCUUCAGGCUUUAAGAUACACAGUAUUCCAAGCCCGUGUAGCGGAAAAACUGAAAGGAUCCAGUACUUCAAUUAAUGGACAUCUUAUGGAACUUGGACUCACAGCUGUUAAAUUUGCUCGGAAACAGGGGAAUGUCCUUUUGGCCACCAAGCUCCUUGAGCAGUGUAGUAAAACUUCAUUGAGUGAUGCUAACACCACUCAAGAUUUAGUCCAUUUGUUCAAACAAAUGUCACUGCAUGGCACUGUUCAUGAAAAGUGGGGGCCAGAGCUUGAUAUUGAGAAAUCAAAGCUGUUGUACACUGCAGGUCAUUCUACCCAUGCAAUGGAAAUGCUGAGUUCUUGUGCCAUAGCAUAUUGCAAAUCCUCUAAAGCAGAAUCGGCAGUAGCCAAGUCGAUACUCACCUUGACUAAGUGGAUUCAAGCAGAAUGGAAGGAAAUGUCUGUCCAGCUAAAGCAAGUUUUCAGAGCUCAACAGCAGAAAUCUAUUACUGGUCUGCCUACUUUGGCGAAAAGCAUCCAUACUUUGGCUGAACUGACCCCUCCUAACUUAAUGGAAGAAGCAGCUUGCCCCAAAAUGGUGGUUGAAUCAACAGUGAAUAUUGGGGUUGGAGAACCUGACUUUGUUUUAGGGCAGCUGUAUCAUCUAUCAGCAGUUCAAGCACCUGAAAUAGCCAAGUCCUGGGCAGCGUUGGCCAGUUGGGCUUACAGAUGGGGCAGGAAGGUGGUUGAUAAUGCGAGUCAGGGUGAAGGAGUUCCACUUCUCGCCAGAGAGAAGAUUGAUGUUCAAAAUCUACUGCCAGAAAACACAUCUGAAGAAGACACAGAAGUUAUUUAUGGAAUUUUGGGGCAAGCUAUGUGUCGACCAACAGGAAUUCAGGAUGAAGACUUGGCCUUGCAAAUAAAUGAUGAUGAAGAAGAUGACAUGGUGGAGGUUAUUUGGCGGCAGUUGAUGACUAACUGCCCAUGGCUUGGUGACCAGGAUGAGAGUGUCAUAGAAGGACUAAUUGAAGUGUGGAGAAAAGUUGUAGAUAGGAUAUUCAACCUUUAUAAACUCUCUUGCAAGGCAUACUUCACUUUCCUUAAAUUGAAUGCAGGUCAGGUUCACGUGGAUGGUGAAGAUCCCAAGGUGAUGCUUAAUAAUACACCCACCAAGCAAAGCAAUGAUGAUGUCAUUGUUAUGGCUACUCUGAGGUUGCUAAGAUUAUUAGUGAAACAUGCUGGUGAGCUCCGAGAAGGCUUGGAGCAUGGUCUAGCUACCACUCCCACAGCUCCAUGGAGAGGUAUUAUUCCACAGCUGUUCUCACGCUUGAAUCACCCUGAGGUUUAUGUACGUCAGAGCAUUUGCAAUUUGCUGUGUCGAGUAGCUCAGGAUUCUCCUCAUCUUAUCCUGUAUCCUGCUAUCGUUGGCUCAAUAUCACUCAGUGGUGAAUCCCAAUCCUCUGGAGCCAAACUGUCAUCUGCAAUUCCUACCUUGCUGAGUAAUAUCCAGGCUGAAGCCUUAUCUGGAGGCGAGUGUGAAGAAAAUAGUCCUCCUGGAUCACAAGACAGUAUCAAAGAUGAACAGAAAACUUGCUUUAAUGAAGAUCAAGCAAUGAUGCAGGACUGCUAUAGCACAAUAGUAGAUAAGCUGUCAUCAGCAAAUCCUACCAUGGUUUUACAGGUCCAGAUGCUGGUUGGAGAGUUACGGAGAAUUACUGUGCUGUGGGAUGAGCUUUGGCUUGGAGUUCUUCAACAACAACACAUGCAUGUACUACGACGCAUUCAGCAAUUGGAGGACGAAGUGAAGAGGGUUCAAAACAACAAUACUCUUCGCAAAAUGGAGUUCAAAAUUGAUUCCUUGAGUUUGUGCCACCAGAAUUGUGCAUUGCUUUCUCUGAAAGUUUAUAUAAAUAACCAAGAUUCUUACCAGGCAACUCAAAAUCCUGCACUGGUACCCCGUCCCAGUGAAUUGUACUACAGCAAAAUUGGACCAGCUUUAAAAUCAGUGGGUCUUACUCUUGAUGUCUCCCGACGUGACUGGCCUUUGAGUGUAAUGAGUUCAGUCUUAGAAGAACUGAUGGAGUCCACACCCCCGAAUCUACUUGCCAAGGAGCUGUGGUGUUCAUGCACCACUCCAGAUGAAUGGUGGAGUGUUACACAGUCAUAUGCAAGAUCAACUGCAGUUAUGUCUAUGGUAGGCUAUAUAAUUGGACUUGGUGACAGACACUUGGAUAAUGUACUAAUUGACAUGACAACUGGGGAAGUGGUACACAUUGACUACAAUGUUUGCUUUGAAAAAGGCAAAAGCCUAAGAGUUCCUGAGAAGGUUCCAUUCAGAAUGACUCAAAAUAUUGAAACGGCGCUUGGUGUGACAGGAGUCGAAGGAUUGUUCAGACUUUCUUGUGAGCAGGUGGUCCAAAUAAUGCGCCGUGGUCGAGAGACUCUCUUGACAUUGCUGGAAGCUUUUGUAUAUGAUCCAUUGGUGGAUUGGACUGCGGGUGGGGAAAUUGGAUUUGCUGGUGCUGUAUACGGUGGAGGUGGUCAACAAGCGGAGAAUAAACAGAGCAAGAGGGAGAUGGAGCGAGACAUUACCCGCAGUCUCUUCUCUUCCAGGGUUGCUGAAAUUAAGGUGACCUGGUUUAAGAACAGAGAUGAUAUGCUAGCGGUCAUCCCUAAGCUUGAUACAAGUCUAGAGGAUUAUCUUAGUCUGCAGGAACAGUUGACGAAGGUGGAGAAACUGCAGGGUAAAUUGUUGGAGGAAAUUGAAUUCCUGGAAGGUGCUGCUGAUAUUUCUGAUCACCCGGCUCUCACAUUGGAGCAAAGAUAUUCAGAACAUACCCAGCUGCAGUCUCAACAACUGGCUGUGCAGGAUGCUAUUCAAGUGAAAUUGAAUGACUUUGAACAGUGGAUUGCCCAAUAUCAGGCUGCCUUUUCAAAUCUGGAAGCCACACAGCUUGCAAGUCUCCUUCAGGACAUCAGUACUCCCCUGGAGCUAGGGGCUCCAAGCUAUGUACCAGCUACAACAUUCCUGCAGAAUGCAGGCCAGGCCCACCUGAUCAGCCAAUGUGAACAGUUGGAAGGAGAGGUUGGUGCACUGCUGCAGCAACGUCGUACUAUCUUACGCGGCUGCCUGGAACAACUGCACAGUUAUGCUGCUGUGGCUCUGCAGUAUCCAAAGGCAGUUUUCCAGAAGCAUAGAAUGGAACAGUGGAAAACAUGGAUGGAAGAACUGAUUUGUGACAUGACAGUGGAACACUGCCAGGAACUGUACAGAAAGUAUGAGAUACAGUACGCCCCUCAGCAACCUCCAGCAGUUUGUCAGUUCAUAACUGCUACUGAGAUGACACUUCAGCAUUUUGCUGCAGAUGUUAACAGUCGCUUAAUCAGACAAGUUGAACGUCUGAAGCAGGAAUCUGUCACCCUCCCUGUUUGCGAAGAACAACUGAAGGAAAUUGAACGCUGCAUAAAAGUUUUUCUUCUUGAAAAUGGUGAUGAAGGAUCCUUGAGUCUUGCUAGUGUCAUAAUCUCAGCCCUCUGCACGUUAACAAGACGCAACCUCAUGAUGGAAGGAGCUGCCUCCAGUGCUGGGGAGCAGCUGGUUGAUCUGACUUCCAGAGAUGGUGCUUGGUUUUUAGAGGAGCUCUGUAGUAUGAGUGGUAACGUGACCUGUCUUGUACAACUUCUUGAGCAAUGCCAGCUGGUUCCGCAGGAUCUUGACAUUCCAAACCCAGUGGAAGCAUCAGAAGCUGUAUAUUUGGCCAAUGGAGUAUACACUUCUUUGCAGGAACUAAACACCAACUUCAGACAGAUUAUCUUUCCAGAAGCUCUUAGAUGCAUGAUGAAAGGAGAAAAUACAUUGCAGAACAUGCUUAAUGAACUGGAUAAUAUUAUUGAACAGACAACUGAUGGCGUUUCUUUGCAAAUGCUGAUGGAUUCAUUGCAGGCUUAUCUGAGAAAUGCUGCAAUGGGAAUGGAGGAAGAAACCAAUGCCCAUUAUAUUGAUGUCACCAGAAUGCUGCGUGCCCAGUAUACUGAAUUGAUUCAGCCAAGAAGUGUGGAUGUUCCAGUGGAAGAGACGCCUAAAAUGUCAGCUGGGCAGAUGUUACUUGUUGCUUUUGAUGGGAUGUUUGCCCAAGUGGAAAUUGCAUUUGGUUUAUUAAUUGAGAAGUUGAACAAGAUGGAGGUGCCAUUGGCAUGGCGGAAGAUUGACAUUAUCAGAGAGGCCCGCAGUACCCAGGUCAAUUUCUUUGACGAUGACAAUCACAGAUUAGUGUUGGAAGAGAUCUUCUUUCUGAAACGACUGCAAACUAUAAAGGAAUUCUUCCGACUUUGUGGUACUUUUGCUCAUACGUUAUCAGGGGCUAUUCCUCUCGAUGAUCCCAGUUCAUUGAAUGGUCCUGUGCCAAUGGUUAAUGUAAAAUCCAUGUACAGAAGUUCCUGCUUCAGCGAAGAUCAAAUGGCCAAGCCAAUAAAGGCCUUUACAGCAGACUUUGUAAGACAACUUUUGAUUGGUCUGCCAACCCAAGCCCUUGGCUUAACUCUUUGCAGUUACAUCAGUGCCCUUGGUGUGGACAUUAUUGCUCAGGUAGAAGCCAAAGACUUUGGUGCUGAAAGCAAGGUCUCUGUGGAUGACCUUUGUAAGAAAGCAGUGGAACACAAUAUUCAGGUUGGCAGAUUUUCGCAGUUAGUUAUGAACAGAGCCACCGUUCUGGCCAGCUCAUAUGACACUGCUUGGAAAAAACAUGACCUGGUUCGCAGGUUAGAGACAAACAUUGCAUCUUGUAAGACCAGUUUUCAGAGGGUGCAGAUACAGAUUGCAAUGUUUCAGUGGCAGCAUGAAGAUAUUCUCAUCAAUAGAACCCAGCCUAUUUCGACAGUUACACCUCCACCUCGCUCAGGCAUUCUAUCUAAUAUGAAAAAGAAACUGCACGCACUUAGUCAGCUGGAGGUUUCCAUUGCUACCGUACAGGAAAAGUUGGCAGCUUUAGAAGCUAGCAUUGAGCAGCGUUUGAAAUGGGCUGGUGGGGCUAAUCCUGCUUUGGCUCCUGUUCUGCAAGAUUUUGAGGCUACUAUCACUGAAAGGAGGAAUGUGGUCAUGAAGGAAAGUCAACGAGCAAACCAAGUGACUUUCCUCUGUAGCACAAUACUUCAUUUUGAAAGCUUGCGAACCAGGACACCAGAAGCCUUGAGUUUGGAUGCAGCGUUGUUUGACUUAAUUAAGCGGUGCCAACAGAUGUGUUCAUUUGCAUCACAAUUUAGCAGUUCAGUCUCAGAUCUUGAACUCCGCCUGCUUAAACGUUUGGCUUCCAGUCUUGAACAUCCCAUAGGAAGUUCUGAAUGGCUUUCGUCUGCGCACAAACAACUGACUCAAGAUAUGUCAACCCAGAGGGCAGUGCAGUCUGAGAAGGAGCAACAGAUUGAAGCAGUUUGUGAAACAAUACAGACGCUAGUGGAUAACAUUAAAACUGUGCUUACUGGCCAUAACAAACUAUUGGCAGAUGUUAAACACCUACUUAAAGCAAUGGCAAAGGAUGAAGAAGCAGCUCUAGGAGACAAUGAAGAUGUCCCCUAUGAGGACAGUGUGCGUCAGUUUUUAGCUGAAUACAAGUCUUGGCAGGAUAACAUCCAAACUGUGCUGUUCACAAUAGUGCAGGCCAUGGGACAGCUCCGAAGUCAGGAACAUGUUGAAAUGCUACAGGAGAUUACGCCAACUCUAAAGGAAAUGAAAUCUCAGAGCCUAAACAUCUACAACGAUCUUGUGAGCUUUGCAUCUCCACUCGUCACAGAUAAAUCUAAUGAGUGUUCGAGCCCAACUUCUGUCUCUGCAUUUCAGCCCAGUUUUGCAGCAGCGGUUCGGAGCAGUACAACUCAAAAGACACAACCAGAAGUUAUGUCACAGAAUGCACGGAAGAUGGCUCAGAGAAACCUGGCUGCUUCAGCGAAUACUCCACCAGGAACAUCUAUAGGACUGGGAAAGAAUGUUGCUCCAAGUCCUAAGAAGGCAGCCAGAGAUCCCAAGACUGGGAAAGCUGUUCAGGAACGGAAUUCCUAUGCUGUCAGUGUGUGGAAAAGAGUGAAGGCCAAGUUGGAAGGUAGAGAUGUGGAUCCCAACAGGAGAAUGACUGUUGCUGAACAGGUUGAUUACGUGAUUAAAGAGGCUACUAAUCUAGAUAACUUGGCACAACUGUAUGAAGGUUGGACAGCAUGGGUAUGAACUGGAAUACAGUGGAUCUCUCUGGUUCAAUGAGGUCAGGCAUCCACCAGAAUCAACUCAGCCACAGGCAUCUAUAGCCGUACCAUGGCAGGUGUUGAUGUAUUCUGGGGCUUAAUCUGAGGUAAUCUAGGAAUCCCCGUGCAUUCGGAGUGAUUAGUCAGAAGGCUGCACUCAGGGAUAUGCUUAUACGGUCUGCACCCCAAGGUCAAGGGCCAUAGCGCCCGGUCUGAAUUACUACAUGAUUGUCUUUCUGUCAUACAAGAACUGCAGAAGUAUCGAGGGGGUAGGUGCAGAAACGGUUGCUAUCCUACUGAGUACAGAGUGAUUUUGAAAACCUAAAUUCCAUCUGCCCUGUGAACAUUCGAGUCACAAAGUACUAAACCCUACUGAAAGGUAAUUUAGAAAACUGGGGCCCUAAGGAAAGAAAUCUCUUUGAUUCAUGUGAUUCCAGUUGGAUAAUGACUUCACUGGCUGACUUGCCCUUGAAGGUGGCCACCCGGUAAGAAAACUGAGGCUGGGAGAAACUAUGGACUCCAGAAGCAGCUCAAAAGAUAAGAUUGGAUAUACUACAUGGGACUUGUGUGAGGAAGAUGACACCACCCUGAUCUUUUUGUUCGCUUUCUCUUAUAGGUGUAUGCUAGUUCAGCAAAGUGCUUCUCAGAUGCCUGUAAUUCUGUUUACUGUGAUUGAAAUUCAGUAGUAGUCAUCAGCCAUUUUAAUGUAAACAUUUUGCAAGGUGCACAAUCUGGAAGACUACAUGAAAGCAUUGACAAAUUCAUGGUAAACUAAAGGGUUAGGUGUUUCUAUGCAUACACUUUAAAGUGCUUUUUUUCCUUCCCGUUUUGUUACUUGGAAAUAAAAGGUCAUGGAUAUUUUUGUGUAUCUUUUAUCAUGCAGGUUUUGCCAUUUGUAUGAAUAAAAAUGCUGAAUAAACCCUCAAAAAUUUAUUUGAAAGUGACACACCAUGACCACAAGUGUUUUUUUUUAAAUUAAUCUUGAUUCUUUGGCUUGUUUUUGCUUGUGCUUUAUUUUUUGUUCUGCUCUUUCUCAGUGAUCCCAAGUCAGCGUUAUUUUGAGGUGUUUUGAGAACAUCUGCCCUUUCUAUGCUCUGACAACCUCACUUCUUCAUUCUCUUGCUUUUACUUGCCACACACUCCUUGUGCCCAAAAGCCCCCAACCCAACUCGCUCUGGUGAUCAAUGCUGUGUUUCAUAUGUUGGUGAUUUCAUCAUUUUCAUAAAUGCAUUGGAGAAAUUGCUUUGGACGUUAUAAAUCACAAUGAAGAUGGAAGUUACUUUCACAACAGUACACACUCGCCCUUAUUGUAUCGGACUUAUUUUUAGCAAUGUAGACUCUUAGCUGUAUUUUACAUUUAGCUGGCAAAAGUGAUAAAGAAUGUCCGUUGGUGGAGGUAAAUGGUGUGUGGUCCUUUUUAAAACUGUCACAAAAUGGUUUAACUUCAUCUUGUGAAGAAAAUCAUUUCUCAGCAUAAUACAGAUUAAUACAAACCAUCAAAUCACACAUGCUUGCCAUAUCAUUUUGAUUGCAGCUUCCUUGCAUCGCUUACUAAUUUAAAUUAAAUGUACUUUUUAAAAAGUUAUAUUUUGAGAGAAUUACAAUCUCUCCUCCCUCUUGAUUUGAAAAAAAUCCUUUUUCCAGUCCCCAUCAUGAAACUGUCCUCCAGCUUGAAAGGCUGCAGUGGACGAGAUCUUGCUUGGAUUUCUUUGACAUAUUUUACUUAGCCAGCUGUCAGUAAGCAGUAGAAGCUAAUGUUUACUGUUGAGGAUUUUGUCCUCUCCCACUAAGGGAUUCCCAAACCAAGUGCGGUCAUGAAUGUGCAAAACUGAUGCAUACAGACAAUAGAUUAAAAACGUCAGAGUAAAAUCUAACUCUGACUUUGGAAAGGAAGUUUGGUCUACUCAUUUUGGAACAAAUGAGCUGCUGAAACCUCUCUAUAAUAUUUUGCUGUUCUGAUAAAUGUAAAAUUGAUUGACCAAAAAAUGCUGAAAGAAAGUUGUGCAUUUAAUUAGGCACCUGGAGCAGUGACUACACUUCAAAAGUACUUCAUUGGCUGUAAAUCGGUUUAGGAUAUCCUGAGGUUGUGAAAGGCAUGUAACUGCAAAUUCUUUCGUGGAGAAAAUUGAAUGGGAAAUGGUGCGUUUGAUAUCUGUACUUGAAUAUGAAUCCUGUUUGUAUUAUGCACAUUGUUUAUAAAAACUCAACUAAUUGAAAUGAUAAGAUAUUGUACUGCUACGAUUUACAUCCAGGACCGUAUUUCCAAUAAAUUUAUUACAUUCACAGUGA